UAUUGCGAUGAGCCAGAGCUGGAAGGACUUCGCUACAUCGCUGAAAACACAACCAUUCCCAUCCCUCGACUCUAUCGAGUGCACAGCUACCAUGGCAAACUGGCGCUUGAACUGGAAUACUUCCCUGGAUGCGAUACCCUUCAAGUCUGCUGGCGGAGGUACUCGCACGAACAAAAACAGGCCAUCGUUGAUCAGAUCAGCGGUUUCACAGCACAGCUUCGACAACUGGAACCUCCUCCCUCGAAAAGCAUUUCGUCGGCUGACGGCGGUCCUUGUUACGACUUCCGCGUAGGCUCUUUGAAGCUAUUCGGACCGUUUGACGACUUGGCUACGUUCCAUCGGUGCGUACGUGGUGGCAUCCGGAUGGAGCAUGCGCAACGCUCCUUUGGCAACGAGGUCAUGCAAGUGCACCAACGCAAGUAUGAGAUCUGCUUCACACACGGAGAUAUCAGUGGACCGAAUAUCCUGGUCCGUGACGCCAAAGUGGUUGCGAUCAUAAAUUGGAAGUGCGCUGGCUGGUAUCCCGAGUAUUGGGAGUACACAAAGGCG